AUCAAUCAGCGAUCGGUUCGGUUCACACUGACAGAACCGGUUUGCUGUCUCACUGGACAUUAGAAUUCCGAUUCCCGCUGCCGGCCCGGGAGAGGGAAAAUAAAAAAGAAAAAAAAGGAUAAAAAGGAAGGGAUAAGAAACGAUACAACGAAAACCCCUCUCCUCUCUUUCUACUCGCCAACCCCCAUUCCUGCCAAAGCUCUACAGAAACGGGGGCUGCUGUUGUAGUUGGGAGGAGUCGUUGGGGAUUCACUCUUAUCAUUCGCCCGACCUUCCUUUCCGUGACGCAGUUCAUCGCCUUGUUCACUGCUUGAUUAAAGCUUCAGUCUUUGACCUCACAGAGAUGGCUUCCUCGACUGCCCAGAUUCAUGGCCUCGGAGCUAUGGGGUUUGCCUCAACUGGGUCAUCGAAGAAACCCGCUUUCUCCUUCGCCCCGAAGACCGUCUUCCUCGGUCAAGCCCUGGGGGGUUCCAGGACGGCGGCGUUUCUGAGGUACAACGGCGGCGGGAGUACAAGGCGGAGGAGCUACGGUCCGUUGAGGGUUGUUAGCGAGAAAGUUGUGGGGAUCGAUUUGGGUACCACCAAUUCCGCCGUCGCCGCCAUGGAAGGAGGGAAGCCGACGAUUGUGACCAACGCGGAAGGGCAGAGGACUACGCCGUCCGUGGUGGCGUACACGAAGAACGGGGAUAGGCUGGUGGGUCAAAUUGCCAAGCGCCAAGCUGUUGUGAACCCUGAGAACACUUUCUUCUCCGUGAAGAGGUUUAUCGGGAGGAAGAUGUUGGAGGUGGAUGAGGAAUCGAAGCAGGUUUCUUACAGAGUUGUGAGGGAUGAUAAUGGGAAUGUGAAGCUGGAUUGUCCUAUUUUGGGGAAACAGUUUGCUGCUGAAGAGAUUUCAGCUCAGGUGUUGAGAAAGCUGGUUGAUGAUGCCUCCAAAUUUCUGAAUGACAAAGUGACCAAAGCUGUUGUCACAGUGCCGGCUUAUUUCAAUGACUCACAAAGGACAGCAACGAAGGAUGCUGGCCGUAUUGCAGGGCUAGAAGUCCUUAGGAUCAUUAACGAGCCUACAGCGGCUUCAUUAGCUUAUGGGUUCGAGAGGAAGAAUAACGAGACCAUCUUGGUGUUUGAUCUUGGUGGUGGUACCUUUGAUGUUUCAGUUCUUGAGGUUGGUGAUGGAGUCUUUGAAGUGCUCUCUACCUCGGGAGAUACUCAUUUGGGUGGUGACGACUUUGAUAAGAGAAUUGUUGAUUGGCUUGCUGCCGACUUUGAAAGGGAUGAAGGGAUUAAGCUUUUGAAGGACAAGCAAGCUCUCCAAAGGCUGACUGAGACAGCUGAGAAAGCAAAAAUGGAGCUUUCAUCUCUGACUCAAGCUAACAUUAGUUUGCCAUUCAUUACCGCUACCGCUGAGGGACCGAAGCACAUCGAGACCACUCUUACACGGGUCAAGUUUGAGGAGCUGUGCUCUGAUCUCCUAGAUAGGCUUAAAACCCCAGUUGAGAAUUCUUUGAGGGACGCAAAACUCUCCUUCAAAGACUUAGAUGAAGUCAUUCUCGUUGGUGGGUCAACACGUAUUCCCGCAGUACAAGAGCUUGUGAAGAAGCUAACGGGGAAGGAUCCUAAUGUCACUGUAAAUCCCGAUGAAGUCGUUGCUCUUGGUGCUGCAGUUCAGGCUGGAGUUCUGUCUGGUGAUGUUAGUGACAUCGUGUUGUUGGAUGUCACACCAUUAUCUAUCGGGUUGGAGACCCUCGGAGGAGUUAUGACAAAGAUCAUCCCUAGGAACACAACGCUGCCAACAUCCAAAUCAGAGGUGUUCUCAACUGCAGCAGAUGGGCAGACCAGCGUUGAGAUCAAUGUCCUUCAAGGCGAGCGAGAGUUCGUGAGGGACAACAAAUCUUUGGGAAGCUUCCGUUUGGAUGGUAUCCCACCGGCGCCACGUGGUGUUCCUCAGAUUGAGGUCAAGUUUGACAUUGAUGCCAACGGGAUCCUCUCAGUGACUGCUGUCGAUAAGGGCACUGGGAAGAAGCAGGAUAUUACAAUCACUGGUGCUAGUACUCUGCCUAGUGAUGAGGUUGAGAGGAUGGUACAAGAAGCCGAGAGGUUUUCCAAGGAGGACAAGGAGAAGAGAGACGCGAUCGACACCAAAAACCAGGCAGAUUCAGUGGUGUACCAGACCGAGAAGCAGCUGAAGGAGCUCGGAGACAAGGUCCCAGCUCCAGUCAAAGAAAAGGUCGAGGUCAAGCUCCAAGAACUCAGGGAUGCGAUUGCUGGAGAAUCCACUCAGACGAUGAAAGACGCGAUGGCCGCUCUCAACCAAGAAGUGAUGCAACUCGGGCAGUCGCUCUACAGCCAGCAGGGCUCUCCGUCUGCCGGCGGUGAAGGUCCAGCUCCUGGAGCUGAGUCUGGUCCAUCCGACUCUUCGACAAAGGGGCCUGAUGGCGAUGUCAUCGAUGCAGAUUUCACCGACAGCAAGUGAGAUCGACCCUGGCCUUAGUUUAAGAGGUUUUUUUUUGUUCAACUCUGGGGGGGGGGGGGGGGGGGGGGGGGGGGGGGGGCAAGCUAGGCUGGAAACUGGAUGGUAGAAGAGAACUCGAUCAGCACCCUUUUCUUUUUCUUUGCCAGUUUGGUUUGAUCAUUUUAUCUGCAACUCAAUUUUGGUGCAUACAAGACUCAGGGAAGUUAUUUUGAUGGAUGAAGCGAUACAGGAGGGAUAGGUUGAAGAUGAACAAGCACAAGUCCGUAGUAGACUUGGUUUUCAUGUUGGUAUAUCUCUGGUUCAUUUUGCAUUGAGCAAUUGUUGAAAUGUAAAAGUUUACUAGCAGCCAGCUUCUUAAUAAAGUCGGAGGCCAAGCCUAUACAGGUCUUUCUCUACUAUCAAUGUUUCCAAUAGUUUACUCACGAUUUUUUUUUUAUAGAUUAUGUUAAAUACAAGGAAAAAGUUCGUUAUUUAAUGGUAAGUUGCUUAGUGGCUACAAGUUAUGAUUUUCACUAAAUCAAAAGUGAAAAC